AUGCCUGUUCCCCAUUCUGAUGUCAUCCAACUUCAUAUCCAGUCUGAUUGGGACACGCUGUUCUGCAAACAGUCCAAAAUUGUGUUCUCUAAGCAGUUAUUGCGCUCUGGCGACUUGGUUUGCCUUAACACGCCAGACUUAGUCAGACAGAUUUGUAUGAUCCUAAUGGCAGAUCAUGCAUUUGGUGGUUCGGCAAAGUUAGCAUUUGACUUGGACAGUCAGUGUAAGGAGGUGAAAGAUAGGCUCCGGGAUGUAGAGCUCGUCUUUAGGUCCAGGACGCAGGAACAGGUUGAGGUCUCCAAGUAUUAUUUGGAGUGUCAUCUGAUCAAUCACACUCUGCAAAUCCACAUGUCAAUUUCAACAUACGUCAACCCCCCGCAAGAGUCAAAGUCCAUUAAAAUUGGUGACUUUCUCCUAGUCUUAGUUAGAGAUUGGAUAGGGAAGAGUGGGGUUGUGCAAUGGGUGUCAAAUUCCCUCAUGUGGUUCCAGGAUGAAAUGAGCUCCCCAUAUUUCAUCCAAAUCGAAGCUAUAAUGGUUGAAUGUACCUGUCUUCCAGCUACCCUCAAAUUCACUAAGGAGUGCAGUUACAAUGUCAGACCUGAAGAUGUCAUUAGCAUCGCUUAUGGACCUAAAUUUUACACAGAGGGGGUGGUACACAGCAUGGACUUCAUCAACUCUCAAUUAACCCUAGAGACUGACAACAAAGAAUAUGUCACAGUUUCCAUCCGAUUUAUCAUGAAGACACACAACAUUGACCUUGAUGUAUUCAACAAGUAUAUGAAGAAGGAGGUUUUUGUCAUUGGAGGCCCAAAAAAGGGCUUCUGGGCAAUGCUCUAUAAUUUAUCUAUGGAUACCUGUAUCAUUGCCAUCCACAGUCAACCUUGCAUAACCGUCAGAUGCUCUGAUGUUGCCACCAAAAAAUCAUAUGUGAUGGCACCACCCCAAAGUGUUACCAUUUCACUUGAGAGAAUCACACCCUCUGCCCUUGCUUCCAGUUCAGCAAUUACCUGGGAGACCCGGUUCCCAGAGGUCCUUGCUACAAUAUCUUUCCAAAAUGACAAUGCCAACUCAAUUUGCUGGCUGAAGGCACAUGUCUCACAAUUCCACAACUACCAUGCCCUUUUUAAUGGCUUGGUGAGUUUCCAAGGCAGCAAGUUACUCAAGCAGUUAGUGUAUAGUCACUGUCCUGAUUCAUUCUGUGGGCCCAAUGGUCCUGCUCCUCCAGGCCACAUCUUAGCAUGGGCCACUGCCAAAACUGCAGGAGGUGCUAGGGUAGACUACCAAAUUCCCGUUGAAUGUCUCACUCUGGCUCAGCCCCAAAAGAAAAAUCAGGAAUGUUUUAUUAUGGAUGGUCAGAACUGA